AUGAAGAUCUUCAACGUCAUUCUCGUUGCUCUAUCGCUGGGCACUUCCCUUGCACACCCUGAGAAGUUGAUGGCUGAGAAGGCGAAAGCUGAAGCACGACUAAUCGGACGAAGCACAAACCGAUGCGCCGCUGCUAUUGAAAAGCGCAAGGCCGAUAUUCUGGCCAAGCGAGCCAGCCGACUUCAGGCGCGUCACCUGCAAAACAAGCAGGCCAAGAGCAAGCACGGAAGCAAAGGUCACUUGCAUCCCGAGUCGCUUCACUACACCACGAUUCAAAACGAUACCUGCGUGUUGGCUCCAGACACGGUUUGGGGUCCGUAUGGUGUCGAUGGAGAGAUGGUUCGCCAUGACCUCCGCGAGUCCCAAAAAGGAAUUGACUUUUAUCUCGACAUCGGCGUCAUCGACAUUGAAACAUGCGAGCCACUCCAAGGUACCGCCCUCACCAUCUGGAAUUGUAAUGCCACUGGGUCCUACUCCUCCUUUACUGGCAUUGACCCUGAUACCGCGGAGUUGCUCGACGGAUGGACCAAGAGAGAAGACGGCACCACGGAUAACGAAACCUUUCUGCGAGGUAUUCAGGUCACUGAUGAGAAUGGGAUGGUUGAGUUUCUCACUAAGUUUCCUGGAUACUACAUCACUCGUACUACCCACAUCCACGUAACGGCGCAGACCAAUGUUUCUGCAGGAACUUCGUAUUCCUCCAGCAGUGUCCAGCACAUUGGACAACUGUUCUUUGAAGAGGCGCUUCUCAACCACGUCUACGAGCACGGCCCUUACAGCGAACAUCUGGCAACGCUGAAUCGUACUACGAACAGUGAAGACUCUCUGUACUCGGAUGCUAGCUCUGAUGGUUAUAGCGCCGUAAUCAGUGUCAGCCAGCUUACCAAAGAUAUAGAAGACGGCUUAGUUGGCUAUAUUACCAUUGGUGUUAAUGCGUCUGCUGAUGCUCUUGCCAUUACUGGAGGGGGUGUGAAUCCUCAGGGUUAUCUUCCGACGGUCAGCAUUGACCCUAGCAAGUAUGCUGAAGCAACUCGGAUAGACAGAGCCGAUGGAUAUUAG